AUGGUUGGCUCAGCUGGACAUCGGAUAUUACGUGGUGUUCGCAGCCACAAGAAGCUGCGUAUGACAAUUGCAGCGGAGGAGAUGGAAGACCCAAAGAUCGGCCACAGGAGGCAACAUAGCGACAGCGCACCGGCACCUAUCUCGAGGAUCCCUUCAUCAGAAAAACAUGCACGAUCACACUGGCCACCAAUAGAGUGGGACCCACUCAAGCUGAACCCACCGAUAGACCAGGACCCGGACAUGCCGGCCAAGUCUCGUGAGAGUCUGCCUACGCACACGCAGUCAUUACGAUCGAAACAGUCUUUCGCCGGCCAUGAGCUGCGACGACCGCGGAUGCACCAUUCCGAUUCCGGGUUCUCACUGGUUGUUCACGACGGCUUCGACUUCGGCUUUGACAGGAACCAGGCAAUUGGGCGGAUGAUCGAGCGCAACCGAGCGCACCAUGACGAAGUUUACUCGAAGGGAUGGCCAUCACCGGCGUCGAGUGUCGACUCAGACAAAUCUUGGUUCGACCACGACGAUGACGACGAGGAGGACGCAGCCGUGAAGAGAAGCAACGAGCUGUCUUCGCCGCAGAGCCCACAACGGAGACCGCAGGUCACUUCUCCGGAUGACCCAACGUACUAUCUAAAGCGUGGGGGGUGGAAGCGGCGAGGAAUCUACUUUGGCGGCCAAACGGAAGAAGUUUAUCAGAAGGAGGACGACGCCUUCGAUCUUCCAUGA